AUGUCGGAAAACACCUCUUCGGUCUUGCCAACCCCUCCAUCAACCGCCGGUGCUCCUGGUUACGACGGUCCUCCUGGCAGCAAUGGUCAUGCCGGCGCUCAAAUGGGACCGCCUGCACUUCCCCCGGUCGUCAUUCCUCAGAACAACAACCCUAUCCCAACCCCUGCAACCCCCGGUGGUGCCUUGUCGCCUUCGUCUGGGGGAAUGGUUCGAAGAGCUGCGCCUGAACCGAACAAGAGAGCUCUCUAUGUGGGUGGAUUGGAUCCGCGUGUGACGGAAGAUGUCUUGAAGCAGAUCUUUGAAACAACAGGACAUGUUGUCAGCGUCAAGAUCAUUCCAGACAAAAAUCAGUUCAACACGAAAGGCCUCAACUACGGCUUUAUUGAAUACGACGACCCAGGCGCUGCUGAACGAGCCAUGAGUACAUUGAAUGGUCGCCGAGUCCACCAAGGCGAAAUCCGCGUCAACUGGGCGUACCAGUCUAACACGUCCAACAAGGAGGAUACCUCGAACCAUUUCCAUAUUUUCGUGGGUGACCUGAGUAACGAAGUCAAUGAUGAAGUUCUUUUGCAAGCUUUCUCUGCGUUUGGUUCUGUUUCCGAAGCACGGGUCAUGUGGGACAUGAAGACCGGACGUACUCGGGGCUAUGGCUUCGUUGCUUUUCGGGAGAGGCAAGAUGCUGAGAAGGCCCUUGCGUCGAUGGAUGGUGAAUGGCUGGGUAGUAGAGCUAUUCGGUGCAACUGGGCAAACCAGAAAGGGCAACCAUCCAUCUCUCAGCAACAGGCCAUGGCAGCCAUGGGUAUGACUCCAACCACCCCUUUCGGGCAUCACCAUUUUCCCACUCAAGGUGUUCAGUCAUACGAGAUGGUAGUUAGCCAAACUCCCAGCUGGCAGACGACCUGCUAUGUCGGCAACCUUACACCGUAUACCACGCAAGCAGACCUCAUUCCAUUGUUUCAGAACUUUGGUUACGUGGUUGAGACCAGAUUUCAGUCCGACCGAGGCUUCGCUUUUAUCAAGAUGGAUACGCAUGAGAAUGCCGCCAUGGCCAUUUGCCAGCUCUCGGGUUACAAUGUCAAUGGACGACCUUUGAAAUGCUCUUGGGGUAAAGAUCGUCCUCCGACUGGUCAAUUCGACACCUAUUCACCACAAACAUCCAUUGGUUCUGCAACAACCCCUGGUGGCUAUAAUCCGGCCUCGCCAUAUUUCCCACAGUAUGGUGGACCAGGUCCCAUGACCCCUCAAGGCCCCAGCCCAGGAGGACGGGCCCAGUGGGAUUCGAACAACCAUCCUAGCCCUUACACCCAAUCUCCUCAAUCAGCCUUCGGACAAGCACAAGCUCCACCUUCAGCUGGAGGAUACGGUCGUGGCCAAGGUGCACCUGCAGGCAUGUUUCAGCAACCUCCUCCGUCCUUUGGUAACAACUUUCAAGGAUAUCAGGCAUAA